AUGCCCGACGUCAAGAGGAAUGUCCGGCUGAUCACAGAACAGCAUGUUGUAAACAAAGAUUCGGGUGUUGAAGGGUUCCCCCUCCGGGCGUGGUCUAUUGAGAUUUACCUUGUCAAUGACCACGGAGAGCAAGUGCCGGCCAACGUCUUCGACAAGGUGACGUAUACACUUCAUCCUAGUUUCGGGGAUCGGGCCAUUCAAACCUUCAAGAACCCCCCGUUCAGGAUCUCAGAAGAAGGAUGGGGUGAAUUCGACAUGCAAAUCACCCUUCACGCCGACAAGGAUCAUUACGUGACACACGACCUCAACUUUGCACAGACACGCUACGAGUCCAAGCACGUCAUCACAUUUAAAAACCCCAAGCCUGCCUUAUUGGCAGCCCUUCGUGAAUCAGGCCCCGUUCCCGGAGACGAGAAUGGAGUGAAAUCUAAGCGUUCCGCAGCUAGCGAAGAAGGAUCAAAGAAGAAGAAGCGAACAGAGAAGAGCGUGGAUAUGGACAAGUUAGCCGAUGGCCUCCAACGACUCGGAGAAGACGAUCUUCUCCAAGUGGUGCAGAUGGUACACGACAACAAAGCCCCAGACUCGUACACCAAAAACGACGUCGAACACACCCUGAUCAAGAUGCUGUGGGAUUUCACGCAAGAGAAGGGCGCUCUGUGA